CAUCCCGGCUCUGCGCUGGUCUCCAUCUCCCAGCAGAAGGCGCAGCCAUGAAUCCGUUAUUCGGCCCCAACCUCUUCCUCCUGCAGCAGGAGCAGCAGGGCCUGCCCGGGCCGCUGGGGGACCCACUGGCCAGCGACCACUUUGCCGGGGGAGGGGACGUGACUCCGGCUCCGCUCUCGCCCGCCGGCCCGCCUCCCUACUCGCCGCCCGGCCCGGGCCGGACGCCCCCCGCCGCCAUGGCGCUCCGCAACGACCUGGGCUCCAACAUCAACGUGCUCAAGACGCUGAACCUCCGCUUCCGCUGCUUCCUGGCCAAGGUGCAUGAGCUGGAGCGCCGCAACCGACUGCUGGAGAAGCAGCUGCAGCAGGCGCUGGAGGAGGGUAAGCAGGGCCGGCGGAGCCUGGCUCGCCGCGACCAGGCCGUGCAGACCGGCUUCAUCAGCCCCAUCCGGCCCCUGGGGCUGCCUCUGGGCGCCAGGCCGGCCGCGGUGUGCACCCCGUCGGCGCGCGUGCUGGGCUCGCCGGCGCGCUCGCCCGCCGGCCCCUUGGCGUCGCCGGCCGCCGGCCUCUCGUCGUCCGCCUCUUCCACCUCUACCGCCUACUCCUCAUCGGCCCGCUUCAUGCCCGGCACCAUCUGGUCCUUCUCUCACGCCCGCCGGCUGGGGCCGGGACUGGAGCCCACGAUGGUGCAGGGGCCUGGCCUGUCGUGGGUGCACCCGGACGGGGUGGGCGUCCAGAUCGACACCAUCACCCCCGAGAUCCGCGCCCUCUACAACGUGCUGGCCAAAGUGAAACGCGAGCGGGACGAGUACAAGCGGAGGUGGGAAGAGGAGUACUCGGCGAGGGUGCAGCUGCAGGAGCGCGUGGCGGAGCUCCAGGAGGAAGCCCAAGAGGCUGACGCCUGCCAGGAGGAGCUGGCGAUGAAGGUGGAGCAGUUGAAAGCGGAGCUGGUGGUCUUCAAGGGGCUCAUGAGCAACAACCUGACGGAGCUGGACACGAAGAUCCAGGAGAAGGCCAUGAAGGUGGACAUGGACAUCUGCCGCCGCAUUGACAUCACCGCCAAGCUCUGUGACGUGGCUCAGCAGCGCAACUGUGAGGACAUGAUCAAGAUGUUCCAGAAGAAGCUGGUCCCAUCCAUGGGGGGGCGGAAGCGGGAGCGCAAGGCUGCCGUCGAGGAGGAUACCUCCCUGUCCGAGAGUGACGGGCCCCGCCAGCCCGAUGGGGAUGAGGAGGAGACCACAGCCCUCAGCAUCAACGAGGAGGUGCAGCGCAUGCUCAACCAGCUGAGGGAGUAUGAUUUUGAGGACGACUGUGACAGCCUGACUUGGGAGGAGACUGAGGAGACCCUGCUGCUGUGGGAGGAUUUCUCGGGCUAUGCCAUGGCAGCGGCAGAGGCCCAGGGAGAGCAGCAGGAAGACAGUUUGGAGAAGGUGAUUACAGACACCGAAUCACUGUUCAAAAGCCGGGAGAAAGAGUAUCAGGAGACCAUCGACCAGAUAGAGCUGGAGCUGGCCACCGCCAAGAAUGACAUGAACCGGCACCUGCACGAGUACAUGGAGAUGUGCAGCAUGAAGCGCGGCCUGGACGUGCAGAUGGAGACCUGCCGCCGGCUCAUCACGCAGUCUGGAGACCGAAAGUCUCCUGCUUUCACUGCGGUCCCGCCUAGCGAGCCGCCGCCGAGCGAGGCUGAGGACUCCGAUCGUGAUGUCUCAUCUGACAGCUCCAUGAGAUAGGGUCGCGCCUCCAGCUCGCUGCCGGGAGCCCCGCUGGGAACACACCCAGGCAGCGGGGUGGGGAUUCACCGAGGGGAACAUUUGUCCAGCACCCUGAGAACUGGAGUGCCCCUCCCUUGGGCUUCCUGCCUUGGUCCUGGGACUUCCGGAUCUUGGGCUUCUGCAGCGAGGCUUGGGGUGCCCUCCCCGGGUGCCCCCCAGCUGGGGCGCUCUUGCCUUCGUGCCCGGGUGCCUGCUGCUUCCCCACCUUCAGAGCUGCAGUGAUGGCGGCCCCCACCCCCACGGAGCAAGGAACACGGCAGUCGUCUCCUGCCACCUGGGGCCUAGAGCGGGCUCACCCUGAGUCUGUACUGGUGCUAACUGGCCGGGCACUGGGAUGAGCUGAUCUGGACUGAGCACUGCGGUCGGGGGCGCCUCUGGCCCGGAGGUGGAAGGUGCCGGGCAGGGCUGUCCUCAGGGCAGAGGUGCCGUCACGACCCUUCCUGUGGAAGUGGCGGGCAUGGAGGCACCCGUGUGCCCUUCCAGGUGGUGGCUUCUGGGUCUCGCGGGUGCAGUGUCACGAGACUCCGGGUCUGCCCCGCUCUUGCCAAGUGAGGGAGGCGGUGGGCGUGUGCGCGCGUUAGCUCAGGGUUGCGGUUUCUUCAGGUGUCAGUGGAAGAUGGGCCGCCUAUGCCCACGGGCAGAGACGUGCUGGACUUGGAGAAGCUCUGAGUUGGGGACGUGACUGAAGAGACCUCAGUGUAACCGCCUGGGAGAGGCUGUGUGAGCUGACAUUUGAAUGGAUCUUUAAUAAUAAUGAAACUGACGAGUAUUUAUUGAACAUGUAUGUCACCGGUUUCCAGCAUUUU